UAGUUAAAAAAGACAGACAGACAGUCACGUGACGCUUCAGUUAUAUGAUGGGAACGUUUUAUUUACCUGAGUGGUCGAGAAAAGGUGAACUGUCAUUUUAAUGUAGGAAACCUGCCGUGGAGCAGUUUGACAUCACCGCAGGUUCGUUGCUUCACCUGCGGAGACAACACGUAUCAGCUCUCAGCCCGCUGUUAGCUUCAUCCCGGUGUAGCUGGAGUUAGCAUCAGGCUAACCCGCUGUCAUGCUAGCGCCGAUAGUUUUAGUCUUUGCUGUGGUUUCUCCAGCUGCGGCUCGGUACACCGCCGACUGGACCAGUUUGGACGCCAGGCCGCUGCCGUCAUGGUACGACCAGGCCAAGGUGGGGAUUUUUGUCCACUGGGGGGUGUUUUCUGUGCCCGGGUUCGGCAGUGAGUGGUUCUGGUGGCACUGGCAGGGCCAGCAGCCCCCGGAUCAGAAGUGUGUGAGCUACAUGUCCCAGAACUACCCGCCGGGCUUCAGCUACCCGGAGUUUGCUCCCCAGUUUCACGCUCAGUUCUUCAACCCGGAGGACUGGGCGGACAUAUUCAAGGCUUCAGGUGCUAAGUAUGUGGUCCUGACCGCCAAACACCACGAAGGGUUUACUAACUGGGGGUCUCCACACUCCUGGAACUGGAACUCAGUUGACACUGGUCCUCACAGGGACCUGGUGGGAGAUCUAGGGGAGGCGGUGCGCAACAGGUCAUUGCACUAUGGACUGUACAACUCCCUGUAUGAGUGGUUCCACCCUCUGUACCUGAAGGACAAGAAGAAUGGAUUCAAAACACAGGAGUUUGUGAUGAAUAAACUGCUACCAGAGCUUUAUAACAUGGUUGUAAGGUACAGACCUGAGGUGAUCUGGUCCGAUGGGGACUGGGAGGCACCUGACACGUACUGGAACUCCACAGACUUCCUGGCCUGGCUCUACAAUGACAGCCCUGUCAAAGAUACAGUAGUGACCAAUGACAGAUGGGGAGCUGGCUGUGCGUGUAAACACGGUGGCUACUACAACUGUGAGGACAAAUAUACUCCAGGCCAGCUGCCACAGCACAAGUGGGAGAAGUGCACAUCUGUGGACACAUAUUCCUGGGGCUACCGUCGAAACAUGAAGAUGAGUGAACUGAUGGACUUGCCCUCUAUCAUAGAGGAUCUGGUUCACACGGUGGCUCUGGGAGGUAACUAUCUCCUGAAUGUGGGUCCCACACCUGAUGGGAUGAUCCCUGCAGUGUUUGAGGAGAGGCUCAGGAGUGUCGGUGCCUGGCUAGAGAUCAACGGGGAGGCCAUCUACGCCUCCAAACCCUGGAGGAUACAGACCGAGAACACCACUGUGCCAGUCUGGUAUACAUCUAAAGGGGCCACUGUCUAUGCCAUCGUGACAGCCAAACCUCCCAAACCCACAGUACAACUGCUGGGACCUAAAACAUCAGCAGCUACUAAGGUGACCUUGUUGGGUAAUCCACAGCCUUUAUCCUGGUCCCCACUCACCCCCAGUGCUGGCCUUAUUGUCCUUUUGCCUGAACGUCCCUCCUCCCCCGGUCGAGCCUGGACACUCAAACUGGACGGUGUCCAGUGAUCCUUACACCCUGGAAGUCAGAGUCAAACCUCUGCAAAGCUGAAUAUUUAGAAUUGGUUUAUCUCAGGAUAAGGGGAAACUUGUGUACUUUGCUUGAAAGACCAGUGCGUCUGUCACUUUUUUUUUUCCACAGUAUUUUUGCCAAAAUGAAACACUGCUCUCGAAUGAUCCCUUUGCAGCUUGGAGGACAGAAGGGUCACUCCCUCUUAAUUGUGCUCUUUUUUAAUCAUUUAUGAAUGAAAAGUGGAAUCUGCUGUUUGGCGUCUUCCCUGGCAUCUUCUCAACUUUUUUAAUGAUUCAAGUGGUUGGUUUCAAAAUGAAUAGUUUAUAUGCGAAGCACUUUCUUUAUUUUUUUACUGUAUGCUUUUAAAAUGUUUGAAUAAAAGAUGAUUUGAUUAAUGAA